CCUGCUCCCAAGUCCAAUCCCUUACCCCGAGACGAGUCGCCGUCUUUCCGCGGUGAGCGCCGGCGAGGGUGCGCUCGGGCGGCGCCCGCCCUCCUCCUUCUCCGGGGCAGCUCCCGGAUCUCCUCUUCCAUAGAGAGCGGGCGACAUGGAGCCGAGCCCAUUCAGCGCCUCGCUGGGCGCCAUGGGCUCCCUCAGACGGAAGCUCGACGAGCUCCUGGCAACCCGGCACUGGGCUCUGCGGGGAGCCGUCACGGACGAGAUCGAGCAGCUGGCAGCGGAUCUCCGCACCCUGCGCGACCUCCUGGCGAAGCUGUCGAAUGCGCAGGACCCUCCCGUGGCCGCGAGGUACUGGAUGAAGGACGUGCGCGAGCUGUCCUACGACAUGGCUGACUGCGCCGACCAGUUCGUCCGCGCCGAUGACCGUGCCAAGAUUCAUAGAGCUGCUCGCCGGAAGAUUAUUGCCCGGUUGAAGAUUAGCCGCCUUCCGCAGAGGUGGAGGUGGAGGUGGAAGUGGCGCCCGUGGAUCGCCGACAAGGUCUCGGAAUUUAGUAGUCGGGCGCAGGAGGCGACCCGGCGGUACUGGAGGUAUAAGUUGGAUGAUUGCGCCUCGGAUCCUGGAAAUUCAGGUGUUGGCAGCCUUGAAAUUCCGGCUGUUUCGCCAGAUUUGGGUGAACUAGUUGGCAUACAAGGCCCAACGGACGAGCUUCACCGGCGGUUGACCAGUGGAGGAGAGCAGCUCAAGGUAGUGCCAAUUGUUGGUGAGGGGGGAAUCGGCAAGACCACUCUUGCACAAAAAUUAUGGAGCAAGCUCCGUGGACAGUUCGAGUGCCGAGCAUUCGUGCGGACAGCCCAGAAGCCUGAUAUGAGGGGGAUCAUCAGGAGCAUACUCUCGCAAGUCCGUCGGCACCAGCCGCCGGACCCUGGGGAGAUGUACCACCUGAUCCGCGAUCUAAGGGAAUAUCUGCGCAAUAAGAGGUACUUUAUUAUAAUUGAUGACUUAUGGGCUAUAUCAGUAUGGGAUAUUUUAAGUCGUGCUUUUCCAGAGGGCAACUGCUGCAGCAGAAUAGUAACUACAACAGAAACUAUGGAAGUAGCUUUGGCGUGCUGUGGUUUUUGCCCUCAGCAUGUUUUCAAGAUGGAAUCUCUUGGUGAGGAUGACUCAGAAAAAUUAUUACUCCAAAGAAUCCCACUUGUCUCAGGAAAUCAACAGCUUGAUAAUGUUUUGCCUCAGAUUAAGAGAAAUUGUGGUGGCUUGCCGCUAGCAAUCAUCAUUGCAGCCAGUCUUUUAACAAUCCAACCUGAGAAAUUGGAACAAUUGGGAUGUAUGCAGAAUUCCGUUGGUGCGAAUCAUAACAUGGAGGAUUUUAUGAGACAAAUAUUAAACAUUAGCUUUGAUAGUCUUCCACAUUAUUUGAAGACAUGUCUGCUUUAUCUUAGUACCUAUCCAGAGGGCUGCCUAUUCUUGAAAGGUGAUUUGGUGAAGCAGUGGGUAGCCGAGGGUUUUAUAUGUGCAAAAGAAGGAGAUGACAUGGAGGAAGUUGCCGGGAGCUAUUUUGAUGAACUUGUCAGUGCAGGCCUGAUCCAAGCUAUGGAUAUCAACUAUAAUUAUGAGUUUUUGUCUUAUUCAGUUCAUCACAUGGUACUUGAUCUCAUUACAUACAAGUCCAUUGAAGAGAAUUUCGUCACUGUAGUAGAUUAUUCUCAAACGGCAAUACCUGUUAUUGAUAAAGUUCGUCGGUUGUCGCUCCACUUUGGUAGUGCAACAUAUGCAACUACCCCAGCAAGUAUCGGACUAUCACAAGUUCGAUCACUCUUCUUUUCUGGCAUGUUUAACUGUGUGCCUUCAUUCAUGGUGUUUAAGCUUCUUCGAGUUCUAGUUCUUCAUUUUUGGGGUGAUAUUGGAAACACGAGUUUCAGCCUUGAAGGAAUUUGUGAACUGUUUUGGCUGAGAUAUUUGCAGGUCACAUGUAAUGUCAUUAUAAAGCUUCCAGAUCAGAUUGAACCAAUGCAACACUUGGAAACACUGGAAAUAAAUGCAGAAGUAUGUGCUGUUCCGCCGGACAUUGUUCGACUUACGAACUUGUUGCAUCUCCGUCUUGGAAGUGGGACAAAUCUACCCGACGGGGUUGGGUGCAUGAGAUCUCUACGUACACUCAUGUAUUUUGACCUUGGCAGUAGCUCUGAAGACAAUCUAUGGGAGCUUGGCGAGCUGACAAACCUGUGGCAUCUUCAUCUCACCUAUUCUUCGUCACUAUCUAGUGAACAUUUGAAGGAAAAACUGAUAGCUCUGGGCACUUCACUUGGGAAACUGGGUAACCUCAAAUCUUUCACGUUGGCUUCUGGUGCUGCUGGCACGGCUGUUCUUUUUGAUGGCUCGGGCAGCAUAUACUCUACUCCAGUCUUUCUCGAGAGACUUGAGUUGUUACCACCAAUUUGCGUCUUUUCCAGAUUUCCCAAAUGGAUUGGACAACUCCACAAACUCCGUGUUUUGAAAAUCGCAGUUAGAGAAUUGCUGAUGAAUGAUAUUGAUAGCCUCACAGGAUUACAUUCCCUUACAGUUCUCUCGUUGUGUGUACAGACAGCUCCUGAGCGAAGGAUUGUAUUCAAUGAUGGGGCUUUCCCAGUUCUCAAGUAUUUCAAGUUCAGAUGCGGUGUACUUUAUAUGUCUUUCAUGUCAGGAGCCAUGUGCAAUCUUUGGAGGCUCAAGCUACAUUUCAACACACAUAUUGGGGAGAAGUACGACAAUAUGCUUGCUGGAGUUGAGCACCUUUUAAAUCUCCGGGACAUUGCUGCACAAAUUGGGGUCAUCGCCGAAUCUGAUAAGAAGGUUAUUGAGUCGCCAUUCAAGGAUGCCAUUAGCAAUCAUCCUAGGUGUCCUAAUUUUCAUGUAAAAUGGGUGGAUCCGAUUGAGGAAGAACAUCAUCAGAGGCAAGAAAGAGGGCUAUCAGGCGAAAAACAUGGGGUUCUAGAGAAAGCUGAAGCCAGAAACAAAUAUGCUGAUGACUGGUUGUCUCAAAAUUCUGACCUGCCAUCUAGUGUCACUUCAUAUCGCCUGAAGUCAGUUGCAGAAUUGAAAGCGUCACAAGAAACCGAAGUUUCAGUAUCAGAAGUGCCACAGGCAACCGAAGUUUCAGAAUCAAAAGUGUCACUGGCAACCUUAGUUGCAGAAUCGAAGGUGUCACAGGGAACCGAAAUUGAAGAAUCAGAAGCGUCACCAGCAACCAAAGUUGCAGAACCAAAAUUGUCACAGGCAACCAAAGUUUCAGAAUCAAAAGUGUCACCGGCAACCUUAGUUGUAGAAUCAAAGGUGUCACAGGCAACCGAAAUUGAAGAAUCAAAAGUGUCACCAGCAACCAAAGUUGCAGAAUCAGAAGUGCCGCGAGCAACAUAUGCGCAUAGGCGAUCACUCGUUCCUAAAUUUGGGGACUGGGAAGACAGCGAGGAUGUCCCUUACACACCAGUGGUCGUGGGUGCUCGGAAGAACAAGAAAACAGGCAUUUAUUCCAAUCCGAAUGAGCCAGGACAUGACACCGAACCUCCUCGCAGGUCACCUUUGAAUCCAAAUGAGCCUGUGGCACAACGACACACAAAUCCUCAGUGGGACCAAGGGGGCAAUGGUAGCACAUCCAGAAGCCCUUACAGAAGUGUUGCAGGAUCUGCUUCACCAAUGCACAUGGCAGCUGGAAUGCACGCUUCAGAAAGGAGGGCUUUGUCAGUAGUGCGUGGAAGGAGCAGAAUGAAUCAGAGUAACCCAGGCUACAAUCGUGACGAUGAAGUGGCUGUUCCGCCAUUUGGUGAAUGGGAUGAGGCUAACGUAGCAUCAGGCGAAAAAUAUACGGGUAUCUUCAACAGGGUGAGGGAUGAUAAAUUAUCACCUGGAUCUUCUGCCAGGCAACAACCAUCUGAUUACCACAGAGAGGAAAAAAAGGCACAACAGACAUGCUCUUGCUGUAUACUUUGACAAAAUGCGGAUACAAUCACAGAGAUUUCUGAUAAGCUUCUUGGAUCCUGAAGGGAGUGAGCGGAGCAAACACAUCACAUCACCAUGGGCUUAACCCUGCCACUGUGUGCUUCCUUCCACUUUUGCUCAUUGCUUCAUCUGACUUUCCUAUGUAUGUCAUUCUAUCAUUUUCCUGCUGGUUUUCUUUGAAAACCAUUUCAACUCGGCUAUGUCGUAUUUGCUUACCAAAUAAAAUCAUGUUUUCUUUCAUAA